AUGGUCGCCUUUGGGAACUUCCAAGUAUCGCAGAAACACGAUCUUACACUUGACAUAUUCGACUAUGAAGGAUGGACGUCCGAAAGCUCCGAUGAAACUACGUCCAGACUACGCUCAAGAACACGAGCCAUAUCGUGGUCCCCCGCAUGUCACUUAUUUACAGCACGCCGUUGUGGCGAGUCACUGAUAGCAGCAGCCAAUGAGAACUUUGAGAUUGUAUUUUUUAGGGUCACGCAUGACUACCACUCAAUUGUGGGGUAUUUCACUGCUGCUGAAGGUGCAGGAUUGCAAGCGGGAACUGGAAUACAGGCAACAUGGGUGAACAAUCUCACCUGGAGCCUGUGGAAACGUGCGCAGGAGGAGGGGAAGAAUGAGGCUUUUUUGGCCUAUUCAUUUCAUGGAAGGGUUUACAUGUCCAGAGUUACCAUAGGCCUAGACGUGGAUAAAGAAGGCAAUCCCUCUGUCAAUGUUUCGGUUGGAGAAGAGACUUUGGUGGGCAAGUCUAUGUCGGAUGUUCAUCCGGUUUUCGCAAUCGCGUGGGCUGACGAGGAAUUCAAUGGAUUGUCGAUCCUGGCGUAUGCAGUAUCUAAAUACAUUAUGAUCGCUGCGAUAAACACCGAUGGAGAAAUUGUGUCCACGAGGGAGUUCGUGAAUGGGUUUGUAGAACCUAUUACUGGCCUAUGUUUCACACCCUCCACAAAUUCAUCCGGAGUAGUCCUACAUGCUAUUACUGUCAAUGGUCAAAGCCAAACGGUAGUUUAUUCUCCGCUCUCCGCGGCUCUUUAUGACCACAAUAAUAUCUCCACCUGUCACACAUCUGGGGAUAUUGACCAAACAGAUACCCAUAUGCCCGAUUCCUAUCCAGAAGACAAAGAGGAAGAAGAGGCACUUCGAGCAAUGGCCACCCGCUGGACCAACGCCAUCUCACUAAGGAAGCAGGAUUUCGUGAACGAGUACGAGCUUUCUGCCGCCAAUUGCAGGGUGUAUGGUAUUGCACCGAGCCCUCUAGGUGGCGUGAUAGCGGCAGCGUGCAGUUUCCACCCAAAUGAUAGCUUGGAGUAUAUUACUGCAUCAAAAGAGAACACUAGGAUUGUAUUUGGUACACAUGAAGGUAGUGAAGGGGUAUGGAAAGCAAGGGGCUUCUUAGCUGGAGAAGAAAUAGACCUAAGUAAAGUGCCGAAUCCUAUAGCCCGGGCAAGUGAAGCUCUCCUCUUGGAGGCAGAGACUCUUGGUGACAACCGGGAGGGUAUCUUGAGGAAUAUCCGGAAGUCUUUAGAUCGUUUUAAGGGAACAGGUUGGGGCCUAGACAGUGCUUCUAUACCAUCGGAGGCGGUCGAGAAUGCUUUAUCCGCCAAUAUCCUCCUCCAACCUUCGUUGAAUGCGCUUCGAUAUAGUUCCUGUCUAGAGAUAAUCCCUGAUAGCAACAAUUUUGGUCUUCCGUUAGUCCCACGGGAGAACACGGAAAUAGUAGCACAUCACAUCAACAGUAUCCUCCGAGCACCUCGGAAUGAGACUACCGCUAGAUCGACGCUGAGCAAACGCAUUCUAUAUUCAGUUGCAUGUAUCGGCAUUCUUGGGUUGUACAACCGCCGACCUGUACUUGAAGCUGCCCGGGAUGCUCUUAGCUGGCUUUCUAGUGUCGAUGAAACGUCUACCGAUAACGCAGGGGAUCCCGAAAGAACCAUCAUAGAUGUCAUCACUGAGCUUCAGAUUGUUGAAAGACGCAUUGCCGACUUGGACGUCAUAGAACGCGGAGACGACGACGGUUCAGGUCUGGCAACGAUUCGGGAAAAAGACAAGCUAUUCACCAGCAAGUUCGAGAAAUGCACGCUCUGCAAGAAAGGAAUGGUCUGGGAGGAUCUGCGAGUUGCGGAGUGCGAGGGGAAUCAUCGCUUUUCGCGUUGCGCGUUGACGUUCCUCCCAAUCAAGGAACCAAAACUCACCAAAGAAUGCACAAUAUGCUCGAGGACCGUGCUCGGGGAUGCGGUGCUUGAAGGUGAUAAAAUGGAAAUGAGGACUAGAGGACAUGAGGGUAAGAAAACUUUGGCUGAGGCGGUUUUGACCGGAUUGGACAUAUGCGUACAUUGUGGCGGGAGGUAUUGGGCGAAAGGGAGUUAA